AUGCCUCACGACAAGUACCUCACUGAACCAACCGUCGCCACAGCUACUGCCAAUAUAAACUUACGAUUGGAAAUAGCAACAAUUCUAUUGGUAGUAGUUGUGGUGCUUCUUCUCGCGUAUGUCGUCUACUAUCGUAGACGGCAUCGUGAGAAGAAGCGGGAGGGUGGGGUCCCCCCCCCCCUCCCCAAUCCAUUUUCACCUCUUAUACCUCCAAACCAGUAUUUAUAUCCUUCAAAUAAAUAG